UAGAUUAUUGUUACUGGACCAAAAGAUUUAAGAAGAUGACAUCUAUUAUCAAGUUAACCACCCUGUCAGGGGUCCGGGAAGAGUCUGCCCUUUGCUAUCUCCUCCAAGUGGAUGAGUUUAGGUUUUUGUUGGACUGCGGCUGGGAUGAGCAUUUCUCUGUGGAUAUCAUAGACUCCCUGAGGAAGCAUGUCCACCAGAUUGACGCCGUGCUGUUGUCACACCCGGACCCCCUCCAUCUCGGCGCGCUCCCGUAUGCUGUCGGGAAGAUGGGGCUGAACUGUGCCAUCUACGCAACUAUUCCGGUGUACAAGAUGGGGCAGAUGUUCAUGUAUGAUCUCUACCAGUCUCGACACAAUACGGAAGAUUUCACACUCUUCACACUGGAUGACGUGGAUGCAGCCUUUGAUAAAAUCCAGCAGCUGAAGUUCUCCCAGAUUGUGAAUUUGAAAGGCAAAGGGCAUGGCUUGUCUAUCACACCUCUGCCAGCUGGCCAUAUGAUUGGGGGAACAAUAUGGAAAAUCGUCAAAGAUGGAGAAGAAGAAAUUGUUUAUGCCGUGGAUUUCAACCACAAGAGGGAGAUCCACUUAAAUGGAUGCUCCUUGGAAAUGCUGAGCAGACCCUCUCUCCUUAUCACGGAUUCGUUUAAUGCCACUUACGUGCAGCCGAGGCGGAAGCAGAGAGAUGAGCAGCUUCUGACUAACGUCUUGGAAACGCUUCGAGGUGACGGGAAUGUGUUAAUCGCAGUGGACACCGCAGGCCGAGUCCUGGAACUCGCACAGCUUCUCGAUCAGAUCUGGAGAACGAAAGAUGCAGGCCUGGGCGUUUACUCGCUGGCGCUGCUGAAUAAUGUGAGCUACAACGUGGUGGAGUUUUCCAAGUCCCAGGUAGAGUGGAUGAGUGAUAAAUUGAUGAGAUGUUUUGAAGACAAAAGAAAUAAUCCGUUCCAGUUUCGCCAUCUGUCUUUAUGUCACGGUCUCUCUGACUUGGCUCGAGUACCUAGCCCCAAAGUUGUCCUUGCCAGCCAGCCCGACCUGGAAUGUGGAUUUUCAAGGGACCUCUUUAUUCAGUGGUGCCAGGACCCUAAAAACUCAAUCAUUCUGACUUACAGAACCACUCCUGGGACCUUAGCACGUUUCCUAAUUGAUAACCCUUCUGAAAAGAUUACAGAAAUAGAGUUGCGGAAACGUGUCAAGCUUGAAGGGAAGGAACUUGAGGAAUAUUUGGAAAAAGAGAAGCUAAAGAAAGAGGCUGCGAAGAAACUCGAGCAGUCAAAAGAGGCUGAUAUUGAUUCCAGUGACGAGAGUGACGUUGAAGAAGACAUUGACCAACCUUCAGCCCAUAAGACCAAGCACGACCUGAUGAUGAAGGGCGAAGGCAGUCGGAAAGGAAGUUUCUUCAAACAGGCCAAGAAGUCUUAUCCUAUGUUUCCUGCCCCCGAGGAGAGAAUUAAGUGGGAUGAAUAUGGAGAGAUUAUCAAACCAGAGGAUUUCCUCGUGCCAGAACUGCAAGCUACUGAAGAAGAAAAAAACAAACUAGAGUCUGGCUUGACAAACGGAGAUGAACCCAUGGAUCAAGAUUUAUCUGAUGUUCCUACUAAGUGUAUUUCUACAACAGAGUCCAUUGAAAUAAAAGCCAGGGUUACAUACAUAGACUAUGAAGGACGCUCUGAUGGCGACUCCAUUAAAAAAAUCAUUAACCAGAUGAAACCCCGGCAGUUGAUCAUUGUCCACGGACCUCCAGAGGCCAGUCAGGAUCUGGCCGAGUGCUGCCGCGCGUUUGGAGGGAAGGACAUUAAAGUGUACAUGCCAAAGCUGCAUGAAACAGUUGAUGCCACCAGCGAAACCCACAUCUACCAGGUGAGAUUGAAAGACUCGCUCGUGAGUUCGCUUCAGUUUUGUAAGGCAAAGGAUGCUGAACUGGCAUGGAUCGAUGGUGUCCUGGACAUGCGGGUCUCCAAGGUGGACACGGGGGUGAUUUUAGAGGAAGGAGAACUGAAGGAUGAUGGAGAAGACGCGGAAAUGCAAGUGGAGGCUUCCUCGGACUCCAGCGUCAUCGCCCAGCAGAAGGCCAUGAAAAGUCUGUUUGGUGACGACGAGAAGGAGACAGGCGAAGAAAGCGAGGUCAUCCCUACCCUGGAGCCGCUGCCGCCCCAUGAGGUUCCCGGACAUCAGUCAGUUUUCAUGAAUGAACCGAGGCUGUCAGACUUCAAGCAAGUCCUCCUCCGGGAGGGGAUCCAGGCUGAGUUUGUUGGUGGAGUCCUUGUUUGCAAUAAUCAAGUGGCGGUCCGCCGAACGGAAACUGGCCGCAUUGGAUUAGAAGGCUGCCUGUGUCAAGAUUUUUAUAGGAUAAGGGAUCUUUUAUAUGACCAGUAUGCCAUUGUAUAAAGGACAGGAUGUCAAAAAGUAUCUGCUGUUUGACCUUUUGAAGAAAAAAGAAAUUCUUAUCUUAUUGUAAGAUGUUGCUUUUUUUUUCUUUUGGGUUUUGUAACAUACAAAAAGGAUCAUCCAGAAAAAACCUGAUGUGUUAGAUUUUUAAAAAAUGUAAAUAGAGACAAUUUUGCUGAUGUCAAAUGAGCAUUCUACCUUUCAGCUUUUGGCAUGGUGUAGAGGCCCUUUACAAGUGUAGACCCCAGGAGGUGAAGGUAAUCUGUUUCCUCAACAGACUUCUUACUCCAAGAGGGGCUUUUUACUUGAAUAAAAUAAUGCAAACUUAGCAAACCA